AUGUUUAACUACUUUCACUUUAUUGCUGCAUUUUGCUGUAGAAGAGGGUUAAAGGUGGCUGUUGUUGGGGUCCCCAAAACUAUAGACAAUGAUAUUUUGCUGAUGGACAAAACUUUUGGGUUUGGCACUGCUGUUGAGGAAGCACAACAAGCCAUUAAUUCAGCUUACAUCGAGGCACAUAGUGCAUACCAUGGUAUAGGAAUUGUAAAGUUGAUGGGUCGUAGCAGUGGGUUUAUUGCUAUGCAUGCAUCCCUGGCUAGUGGACAAAUCGAUAUAUGCUUAAUACCAGAGGUACCUUUCCAUUUACAUGGUCCUCAUGGUGUUUUGCGGCAUCUGAAAUACCUCAUUGAGACAAAAGGAUCAGCAGUGGUCUGUGUUGCUGAGGGAGCAGGGCAGGUGUCCCUUGACCUUGUGAAGAGCUUGUAUGCAAAGUUUAUUGAUUGGGAUGAUAAAAUGAUUGACCAUGAGACUAUUACUCCAGCCCAUGCAACAAAUAUUGUUACUGUAGAAAGUAAUAGUGAUGAAACAAUUCUUGGUGAAUUAGAGAGGUUCAUUGGGACUACAGGAGCUUUAGUGGGUAAGAGUGGGCUUAAACAGAUGUCAAGUUCUUUGUCAUAG